UAGAGACUGAAAGGAAAGGCUGUAGAGGAAAUGUCUUAAUGUGCAACAAGAGUGCCAAAAUCCGCCUUUGCUCCUUCAGCUACACGGAAACACACACAGCUUACUUUGCAGCGAGAGGCCUAGGACAGGAAGGAAAUGAGAGAGAGAGAGAGAGAGAGCGAGAGAGAGAGAGAGAGAGAGAGAGAGAGAUGGAGGGGAAAACAGCAAAUUAGGGUCACUGGGGUUUCCCACUGUGUAGGAUUAGAAAAAACUUGAAGUGGGUAAAGCAGACUGAGAAGGGGAAACACAUAUUUAGUCAGAGACGGUUCAGACAGCCGAAAGAGAGCAGAGAUAGUCAGAAAAAGAGAAUAAGAUAGAGUUUGGAUGAUCUUGAAUGAUGCUCCUUGAGCUGAGAUAACUAAGUAGCUGCUCCAUCUAAUGUUAUGAGCAGGUUUCAAGGAAGAGUGAGGAGAAAGAUUUUCACGGGUAUGACUUGCAGUGAGGAUAAGUACCUGGUAAACGGGACAUGCUGCGAUCGCUGUGUUGCAGGACAAUACAUGGUAGCUAAGUGUGAUCUCAAACAUGAAACAAAGUGUGCUGAAUGUGGACGUGACAGGUUCACAGCCACAACAAAUCACUUGGAUAAAUGUCAAGUCUGCAAGAAAUGCAAUUCUAUUAACAAUCAGGAGAAAGCAAAGGACUGCACAGCUCAAGAGGACACGGUGUGUAAGUGUGUGACGGGUUACUAUUGCAGCAAUGAGCAGUGUGACCACUGCCAACUGCUGACCAAGUGCCCUCUGGGUGAAGGAGUCAAGGUUCAUGCCACUCGCACAAAUGACACAGCCUGUGCGCCGUGUCCAGACGGAACGUACAGCAAUGUGACAGAUUACUACUCGCCCUGUCAAACACACACCAGAUGUGAGGACUUCGGGAGAGUGGUUAAAACUCAAGGAACGCCAACAACUGAUGCCAUCUGUGGUGACUUCCAAUCUUAUUGUUCCUGGAUAUUACCCACCGGCUUGUGGUCAGGCCUCUUGUUGACUGCACUCAUCCUGUUUGGUCUCAUCUGCUGGAGGUCAAAACAGAAAAAGAAAACUAAGACAUUUUUACAACAGCCUUUCAAGUCUGCAGGAGUGGACUCCCGUGUUGCUGUUCCUCUGGUUGAAGUGGUGCCAGCAGCCCCGGUGACACAGCUGGAGUCGUUGUUGCCGUUCACAGAGCUGAACGGUCACUGUCUAGACAGCUGUGACGUGGAGGACUGCAAACCACCGCUUUCUAACUCAGAUGAUGGUACGGUCGUUUAUGACGCUGAAGAACGGGUGGAAAGCAGCCCCCCUACAUCUCCACUGAAGGCUUCAGUUUCAUUUACUGACUCCAACCACAUCAAUGGGAGUGCAGGAGAUUGCACUGGAAACUUCCGUAGGACCUACUCCGAGCCACAGGAGGACGAGUGGUGUGGGACAUAAUCAAGUAAAUAUUGUUCUACUAAGCCCCGAGUUCCUCUCCGUCUUGGUGAGGCUGCAACUAGUUUUUAAAAGCCUAAACUGGACCCAUUUAUAAAAUAUAUAAUAUAAGAGCAGGGUGUCUCUCUAUCUGCAGAGUUUAACAUGGCUGACAGUUUGCUGCCCCCUGCAGGACUUAAACGAGAUUAUUCUUUGAUGUGAUAUUUCUGUUAUGCGUUGUAUUACUUUGGUCGUAUUCUAAGAAAAAGCCCAAACCCACAAUGACGGCAUCCGUCUAACAAGUAUGUCUGUGACAUCGAUGCCGGGUGUAAAAACUAUUGACAUCAUAUCAGUGAGCCAGCUGUUGAAGAGGAUGACGUGUUGCUCAAUUAACAUGAACAUGGGCACUGAGGCUUAUUCUCAUGUAUCACACUGUUAAUUAUUCCACAGCAGAAGGUAGCGCUCUACAAAUGCAUUAUUUACUUCUGUUAGUAACUAUUGCUAAAAACUACAGUGUUCUGAAUUACUGGUCUCGUUUUUAGGUUCAACUGAAUAUUAGUGGCUGCGUGCCGCAGGGUGCUGAGAGGGUGCUCUUUUCAUGGGAUUUGUUUUCUAUUUCCUGACUUAAGCUUUAUUGUAAAUUAUAUGUUUUGUUAUUAUAAUUUUAAAAAAGGACACCUAAAUAAACUUGUAUUGUUCAAACUUCA